AACAUAAUUCCCAGAAGCAAAACAAAGCUUCACUUCAGCUCCCCAAAAUACAAACAAAACACACCUUGUCGUGCAUAUUGAAAUAUCACGCUCUAAACUAAUAAUUCCAACGUUCGUCCCUUCAGAGAUAUGAGAUAACCUUCCGAUGGCUGUCCAUAACAUCGUGGGUAAACAACAAAUUAUCAGCCAAUGAAGUGCUUGAACAUAGACUCUUUUGCCCGGGCCUCGUUUCAAAGGGGUGAUGUUAUAAAUACCUUCAUUAUGCAUGUGGUGGCCAAUAAUUGGCUGAUAUGCUUCAGAAAAUGCAGCUUAUAGGAGCACAGAAGGCCACACAGAGAUUCUCCACCGUAUCAUGCCUGCAAAAUCCAUACGAGGACGGAACGUUAUUAUCUAAGCAGGUCAAUUGGGAUAAUGUGCAAAAGUAUAGCUCAGGUAAUCAAAUUCUGUGCAACAAACAUGCCAGUAAGGCCUUUCUCAAGAACCCAAUUUCUCUUGGCUUUGAUUAUCCCAAACCCUUGGAACCCCAUAGCAGGAGCCGUAAAGCAAGUUCCGACAGUGGUGCGGGGGCAGCUGCUGAGACGGAGGUUGAAUUCCCCUGUGACUAUGGUGAGCUACUUGAGCAGGUAAAAGUGGCAACACAAUUGGCAUUGAAGGAAUCAAAACAUUUGCUGGAGAUUGAAUUUCCAACAGCUGGGCUUGAUUCUGUUUCGGGUGAUGCUGAGGGAGGCAUAGAAAUGAAUUCUAACAUGGCUCUGAUUCGGGAAUUUUGUGGAAUCUUCUUCAAACCUGAACAAGCCACCCGCACGCGCAUUUUUUUUCCUGAAGCCAAAGAAGUUGAAUUUGCCAAGAAAACAAUUUUUGAGGGAGUUUCAUUCAAGUUGGAUUACUUGACCAAGCCAUCAUUAUUAGAGGAUUUUGGAUUUGGCACGAAGGUGCAAAUGGCAGAUCAUGUACAGCCAGGAGAUGAAAUGUUUCUGGUUGCCUAUCCAUAUUUCAAUGUGGACGAAAUGCUUGUUGUCGAGGAACUUUACAAGGAUGCAGUUGUUAACACAGAACGGAAGAUGAUUAUAUUCAAUGGAGAACUAGACCGAAUACGGAGUGGUUAUUACCCUCCAUUCUUCUAUCCAAAGCUUGCAGCCCUUGCAAAGAACUUCUUACCCAAGCUUGAGACUGCAUACUACAUACAUAAUUUCAAGGGCCAAGGUGGAGGGACGCUUUUCAGGUCAUACCCAGGACCUUGGAAAGUACUGAGAAGAAUUAACGGCAAGCACAUCUGUUUACAUCAACAAGAGACAAUGCCAUCGCUGAAAGAUGUUGCACUUAACAUUCUUCCUUCUACUUGAGACUAAAAGUUCAAGAGUUGUUUUGCCCCAGUUAUUGAAUCUCAAUGAACAUCAAAUGCCCUACAAAAGGAAUUCAUCUCUGUGCUAUCUUCUUCCUCCAAUUUGGAAUGAAUGGUCUUCAUAUAUUAUGUUAAUAAAAAAAUUCAAUUUAUUUUGA